CCACAUCUCCUUGUCUAAGUCCAGGCAGUGGACGGAUGGAUGGAUGGCACACGGUGGCAUUCCUUCCAGCUCUGUUUCGUCAGGGGGAAAUGGCACACCUUCUAGGAGGGGAAAUGGCACACCUUCUAGGAGGGGAAAUGGCACACCUUCUAGGAGGGGAAAUGGCACACCUUCUACAAGGGUUGCAACUGCCAUGGCAUGCAUCAACAUUCUAGGACCAGGACAGGCAGAUGCUUCAGCAUUCUCGAACCAGUUCCUUCUUUGGACCAGAUGCUUCCCUCCAUCACUGCCCACCCCCACCAACUCAUCCCUCUCUCACGAUCGUCAGCU